GAACUUUAAAUUUGGCAUCAUCAUCUAAUUCAAAAACUCCUAAAGGAACUUUAAAUUUAGCAUCAUCAUCUAAUUCAAAAGUACAUCAAGCUGGCAUCACAUCAAAAAAUUUAAUACAAGAGAGAAAUCCUAAAGGAAGUUUAAAUUUAGCAUCAUCAUCUAAUUCAAAAGUACAUCAAGUUGACAUCGCAUCAAAUACUUCUUUAAUACAAGAGAGAAAUCCUAAAGGAACUUUAAAUUUGACAUCAUCAUCUAAUUCAAAAGUACAUCAAAUCGCAACCACAUCAAAAACUUCUUUAAUACAAGAGAGAACCCCUAAAAAAUCAACAAAAUUAAUUAGUAUGUAUCGAUGCGAAGAAAUUGUUUGGAGUAAUAUAGAAUAUAUAUUGAGCUCAAGUCAAUAUGAGCCAUUGUCUGACCAAGUCGGAGGCGAUCAUAUAAAAUACUGGCCAGCAUUAGUUCAUCAACGAUUAAAAGAACCACAUGAUAAUGGAUUUGAAAUUUUAUAUUCCUUAAAGCCAUUAAUGUUGCCUGGAAUAAUGAAACUAUCAUACAAAUCCAUCCUACCGUGGCUAGCCUAUGAUGCUUCAAAUUCAAUACAAACGGUUGAAAAGGCAAUAUAUAGUGAUAGUCAAAUUCAUUUGUUAAGGAAUACAAAACGUGGUGAACUAGCCAGUGCUUACCUUAAAGCUAUUAAACGGGCAAAAGAGGUUGCUUCAACAUUCACCACAUCACACCAAUAUAAGUAUACUAUACCAUCUUCAUUUUUUGCAAAAGUCGAGAGUGCGAGUGAAACGAGAUUACUACAACAAAUGGAAACAUAUCCACAUUACAGAAAAAUUCUAUUAGGCACUGAAGUAUUGCGAGAAGAUGACUAUGUUCGUUUGACACGUGCUUCAUAUAAUUCUAGUGACAAAUUACCAAUUUUUAAAAUAAAUACAAUUUUUUUAAAUGCUCUAAAUAAAAUUCAACUAAGCGGUGAGAUGUUUAUCAGAGGUCCACCGAAGAAUGGCGAGAAUGUGCCAACUUUAAUUCGAAUGAAUAAAGAAAAAUUCGAAUAUACUUUGGAUUUAUCCGAAAUUGCUGGGCGGUACUACAAACUGCACCCAGGCAUCACCCGUAGCAUGUCUGUUACUAUUCCAUUGCCAUAUCCUGAUCGGAAAUCGUUAGUUGACGAAGCUUUAAAGCAGGAUGUAUGUGAGACUAGUCCAAGGAAACAAAUGGCCAAACGAUCAAUGGCAUUACCGCCAUUACCAUCUUCAAGCAACAAAAAGUUCAAGGCCAAUGAUGAUGCUAAAUUUAAAGUUCCUUUAGGAGUUUUUGAAUUAGAUGAUGAUGCCAAAUUUAAA